AUGGCCAAAUUGGGUGCACCCGACCCUUUGCCUCAGCCCGGUGGCUCCAUCUCCAUAACCGAUGUCCCCUCGGUUCCUCUCUCCGCCAGCCCACGCAAGCGUCUCAGCUACCCCGAUACCUCCUCCGACAUAUCGACCAUAAAGGCGGAAAUCGAUCAGCUGCGCGCCGAGAAUCGUGAACUUCGCCUGCGUCUCGAUGACUUUGUGCGCUUUGGCAAGGACGGCCUGCCGGCUUCCAGCGAGGCCAUGUUGCUCCAUCAAAUCGCGCGCAUGGCACGACAGCCCCCCUUUGCCCGCACGAGUCGACGCAAGGACAUCCUGCUCGAGAUUCAUUUCCCGCCCGGCAUCAUCUUUUCCGACAACAUUGAUCGACCCAUUGCUCACAUUCCCGAUGACUUUCGGGCGCGCACAAAAUCUUUCGGCUUUGCGUCCCUGCACAUGGACCCGAGCGAGCUUCUCCUCCAUUGGUUUGUCAUGUUCAGCGAGCUCGACCUCUUUGCCCGCCUCAACAUUCAACCAGCCUGCCUCCGCGAGUUUUUCCGUCAAGUGCACAACGCCUAUCGCGAUAAUGUCUAUCACAACUUCCAACAUGCCAUGGACGUGGCUCAGUUUGCUUACGCACUCUAUAUGCACAGUGAUGUUCUAUCCAAACACUUUACACACGUCGACAUUUUCUGCUGUCUUGUCCUUGGCCUUGGCCACGACAUUGAUCAUCCCGGCGUGAAUAACGCCUUUUUGAUCAAGACCCGGGACCCAGUGGCCAUCCUGUACAACGAUACGAGCGUGCUGGAGAAUGCACACGCCGCAACCCUGUUUGCCAUGAUGCGCUCGCAGCCGACGGCUGACCUACUUGCCUCUUUUGACGACGCAAACUAUACCAAUACUCGCAGCCUCAUCCUUCGCGGCAUCCUGGCCACCGACAUGGCCCGUCACGGAACAUUGGUGAAGAAGAUUGCUGCCGCACCCUCUCUUUCGACCCAGGACUCAGCGCCCGAUGCCGUCAAGGCUGUUGUUCUGGAGGCCAUUGCCAAGUGCGGCGAUAUAUGCCACCUGGUGCGACCGUGGCCCGUGGCCAAAGCAUGGGAGGAUCUUGUCAUGAUAGAAUUUUUCCAACAAGGAGACCAGGAAAAGGCUUUGGGCUUCAAGCCUGACGGCCUCUUUGAUCGGGAAACCUGUAAAGUACCCAACUCGCAAUGUUGGUUCUACGAGAAUAUCGGCAAGCCCCUGUUCUCGGCUUUAGCCCAUCACGUUCCUGAUGUCGGAAACAAGCUCAUGAGCGUCAUGUUGGAGGAGAACCUGCCGCAUUGGAAGGCUCUUUGUUGA